UAGCAGCAUACCCUAAAAUGAAAUAAUAUACUGCUAUGAAAAAAAUCCCCAAAAUGGUCAAAAAAGCAAAUCACCAAACAAUGUGGACAGCUUACUCCCAUUAGUCUAAGAAUGCCUAUAAUAUUUCUGGAAGGAGACACAAGAAAAUAAUAACAGUAGUUGCCUUUGAGGAGCAAGAAUGGGAGCUGAAGUCAGAUGGAGAUUUGCUCUUCAUUAAAUACCCUUCUGUAAAAAUGAAACUUUCUUCCCCAUGUACAUUUUUUUAAUGAAACAAAAACUAGUUAAUUAAAAAAAUAAGAGUGCAACCAUCGUAUAACAUUACAUCUCUGUUAGAAAAGCAUACCAGCUAAAUAUAGAAGUUCUAAGAGAGAUGAUGCUUGCUUAAGUAUAAUCAUGGCUUUAGGGACCAAAAUAUUAUCACUCUAGAGAGUGAUGAGAACCACAGCGACUGAACACAUGAGUCUCCUUUCCAGACCUCGUAUUAUCCAUCUGUUAACUACCUCUAAAAUAAGAGCUGUUUCUACCUCCACCUCUAGAAGUGUAUGAGUGUUCUUGUACUUGGUGUAUUGAUUGGGAUAAGGACUUUGGGGGAAGAAGGAAGGGAGAAGGACUGACAAGCAUCCACUAAAAUGCUCUCCUGGAUCUCAAUGAUCUAUUUUUUUUCUUUGACAACUUAUUUCUUAGUUUUUUUCCUUUCAUCUUAACACCUUACACAUAAACUUUAUAAUUCAGAAAGCACAAUUCCACUUUCUCCCUAACAACCCAGUAGAUAGGUCUGAUAAUGCCAUUUUAGAUGAGUCUCAGAGAGGUCGCCUGAUCCAAUAGAUAUUAGGUUUGUGUCCUAGCAUCACCACUUCAUCUUCUAAAUCUGUUACUUUCCACACUACAGCAUUCUUUCAUCAUCCCUGCUCAGUCUCAUGGCACCAACUCCAGAUUCCACCUCAACCCAGCCAACAUCAAGCACCUGUAUUCUUAGGCUGUAUGAUUCUAGAGAGUGAUGGUAGAGACAGGAGUCAAUUAAGAACAAAAGAUAAGAUAUGUUUUUCUUUCUGGGAACAAAUCUGAAUAGACUGCUUUUUAAAACAUCAUUCCUUUGUUCUGUCUGAGAAAAUGAAGUAGUGUACCCUGUAAACAGGGUCUUGGCAGUACUGAGCACAUUAUCUAGAUACUUAAUUCACUUUACCUGGUUUCCCCGGUAAAGGUUCUAUUAUAUCAUCUUCACAAUACAAAUGACUACAGAAAUUCAGUGAAGGGAUGUCAAUUGCUUUAUAUCACACAGCUCCUAUGUUCCUGUGUUGAAUAAGGACUCAGACCCCAGUGUCUGGGUCUAAAGUAUGUUGAACAUUACACCACUCCACCCAAAGAACAAACACUGCUCUUGGGCUCCAUAAUUUGCUAGGGUGGUUAAAGAGCCCAGUCAAAGACAACCUGGAAGUUCUUAAAGCAUGCUAAGAACCUGGAAGUUAUGCUAGAAAAGUCAGGGCCGCUAUUCAACCAGUUUUCCCCCAUUUAUUUACUCUGUCCCUCACAUCUCUAAAAUGAAAAUGCACCUAAGUUUCAGGGGAGAAUACUGGGGGCACUAUCACCCAAUAAAAUGAAUAACAAGAAGCAAAAGGCAGCCCCUGCUAAUUGCGAGGCCCUCCCGCAAGGGCUGCCUUCUGCGGUUGCCAGGCAACAAAGGUAAACAGCAGGAAGUGGCAGGAUCAUGGCCACUAACUACAGUGCCAACCAGUACGAGAAACCUUUCUCACCCAAGUAUCUGCAGAACUGGUCUCUUGCGAAGCCAACAAAAGAGAGGAUUUCUUCCCAUCAAGGCUACACUCAGAUUAUUGCCAAUGAUCGUGGUCAUCUGUUGCCUUCAGUGCCCCGUUCCAAGGCAAGUCCCUGGGGCUCCUUCAUGGGCACCUGGCAAAUGCCUCUGAAGGUACCCCCUGCUCGGGCGACCCUGACCUCCCGUACAGCUGCUGGUGCUGCCUCCCUCACCAGAUGGAUACAGAAAAAUCCUGAUUUACUUAAGGCUUCCAAUGGGUUGCGUCCUGAAAUCUUCGGCAAGCCCCAUUAUCCAGACAGUCAGAAGAAACUCAGGAAAUCUAUCACAAAGACUGUACAACAAGCACCAAGCCCCACCAUAAUCCCAAGCUCCCCAGCCUCAAAUCUCAAUUCCCCAGAUCAACUCCAAAGCUCACAUCCCUCUGCGGGUCACACUCCAGGUCCCCAAAGCCCACUCAACUCUCCAGAGUGCCCACCUGGAAGCCCGUGUUUGCCCCACGCAGGCCGUAAUCUAGCCGAGGUCCAGAAAUGCAAACCUGCAACUCCGUAAGGGUCUAAGGGACUGAGUGGCCUAAGGAAGACCCCCCCUUAAUCAGGGAAAUUACAGAUGGGAAUAAAGGCAAAUUUGUAAAAUAAACUUUUUUUUGUUAUUGGAGUAUAGUUGCUUUACAAUUUUGUGUUAGUAACAUUGUAUGUUGAAUCUUUUACUGACUUGAAAUUUUUCUCUUCAGCUCUUGAGGUAGGAGGUAGAUGGGCACCCUCCACCUCACUCCCCCAAGGUAAAGCGAUUGGAGAUUCAUUACCUAUAAACUGAAACUCCACUUCAAGGCAAUAGCAGGACAAUUAAGGGAGGAGGCUGGGCCCUGUUCAAACCAUUUCUCACUCUGGAAGUCAGGAGACCUCCCCAACCACACAUGCACAGAAAGGCUCCUUGCAGGCAGAAGCGGGGAGCAAUGUCAAGGGAUGCUCUACCCAUAACACCUCUUCAGUAGAAUCCACCUUGGCUAAGAGAUGUGUGCACUCACCUGAGAGAAUCCUGAUAUACCACAUAUGGACUGUGAACCAGACAAGUCAAAAUGAUUGGCCAAAGGAAACCAACAAGAAAUGCCUCAUAAAAGUAAUUCAAACUGCUUUGAGGGCACAAGUCUGGGACAGUCUGCCUGUGUGCCUAUCCACAUGUAUUAUACUCUUUUUCCUCUUAAUAAAUACCUUACUUGCUUCA